UGUUGGCAACAGAACAGGGAAUGCGUCAGUGCAUAGUACACAGCUGAUUUAUUUAUGUAAAAUUAAAUAAUUCUAUCGUUUGUUUAAAACGUGAAAACAUUUUAAUUGUCAUCUGCAAUGGGGGAGUCAAAGGACGAUACCUUCUGCAAAAAAAUGAGAGCAGCAACUAGAGAAAUCCAUGCUGUCAGUGAUGCCCUGGUGAAUGCCAAACUGGCGUUCGGUUUGCAAGAUGAUAAAGUCUGGGCAGAUGGUCUCCUGGUAUUCUACGACAUCUUCAAGUAUUUGGAGCAGACAAUGCCUGGCAUAAUCAAAAAAUAUGAAAUUGAUAAUUUAAUAUCCCCAGAGAUGGAGAGGACUAAAGCCUUCGAGGAGGAUUUGAAUUAUUAUCUAGGGAACGAGUGGAAUAAAAAUCAUUCAUCGAGGGAAAGUGUAAAGAGUUAUUUAGCUCAUUUAAAAGCUGUAGAAUCGACAAAACCAAUUCUCCUCUUGGCCUAUGUUUACCACCUCUACAUGGGCCUCUUAAGUGGUGGAAUUAUUCUCCGAAAAAAGCGUCAGAUCAUUCAGAAAAUUUCCCCCUUCAAAUCCACCGAUAAAUUAGAAGGGAAUCGUGUAACUGAUUUUGGAAAGAAUUCGAUUUACCAAUUAAAAGAGAAUUUCAGGAGCAGGAUGAAUGACUUGGCUGAGGGUCUUGACGAUGAGACGAAAGGACAGUUAAUAGAGGAGAGCAAAGUCGUAUUUGUUAUGAAUAAUCAGAUAAUUAGAAGUGUUCGUGGAGCUAGUGCUGUUAUGAUGAGAAAAAUUAUUUACGUCGUUACGAUUUUUCUGGUUUUGGUUUUAUAUUUUAUUUUUAAACGUUAGAAAAUUUAUUACUUUAUUUAAUUAUUAGUCUUUCUACGAUUUUUUGGACAAUAAAGAGAUUUAAAUGUU